GUUCGAUAGUCGCUCAACUAUCGUCCGUUGACGAAGCAGUCAGGUUUUCCCCGCUCGGUACUUUUCUCGAACACUCGCCAUGCAUGCCGCCCUCCUUUGCUUCGCGUCAGAAUGAGGAGACUCGGGUCGCUCGGCGCCUUCGCUCUGCUCCGCCGCCACUGCAGUUCCGCCCCAACCGGUCCGUCGAAGCGCGCGCUCCUCUCGCCCGCGCUCGACUCCGCGUCGUCCGCUCUCGGCGGUCCCGACCGCGCGCGUCCCCAGGUCUCUGCCCCCGAGGUCUCGUCUCCUUCUCGCGCGCCUCCGGAUCCGCGUCCGGUGGCUCCCGGACGUUCUGCCGCUCGCGAUGAUCUCGACCGCAGCUGCCGCGACGGAGAAGGAGACGAGGAGGAGGACGAGGAGGGCGACGGGGCCUCGGAUUGCGAGGCUGAUUUCCGGGAGCGGAAGGUGGUGAGCGAGGCUCUCGCUCGCGAUGCGAAAUCCAUCGUGGACGUGUUACGCGAGACGGCGUCCCGUCGCGUGGAAACGAAGCCUAGGCUCGAUAAGUGCGGAGUUGCCGCGUCGUCGGAACUGGUGACGGAGGUUCUUUCGCAGGUCCGAAAUGACUGGGAAUCGGCGUUCACCUUCUUCCUGUGGGCUGGGAAUCAACGGGAUUACUCCCACUCGGUUCGGGAAUAUCACUCCAUGAUCUCCAUUUUGGCGAAGAUGAAGAAGUUCGACACUGCCUGGGCGUUGAUUGAUGAAAUGAGAGGAGGCAAGGAUCGUCCAUGCCUCCUUACUCCUCAGACUCUGCUGAUCAUGAUCAGGCGAUACUGUGCUGUGCACAACGUCGGUAAGGCCAUCAAUACCUUCUACGCGCAUAGAAGAUAUAAUUUCGAUGUCGGGAUUGAGGAGUUCCAGGGUCUGCUCUCUGCGCUUUGUCGGUAUAAGAACGUGCGAGAUGCGGAGCACUUGCUAUUCUGUAACAAGAGUGUGUUCCCUCUCAAUACAAAGAGCUUGAAUAUAAUCCUCAAUGGCUGGUGUAACGUGAUCGUCAGUCCUCGGCAGGGGGAGAGAAUUUGGAAAGAGAUGAGCAAGAGAGGCAUAGCGCAUGAUGUUGUCUCAUAUGCUUGUCUCAUAUCUUGCUAUUCGAAAUCCAGGAACCUCAACAUGGUGCUUAAGCUCUUUAACCGGAUGAAGGAAUUGGAGAUUGCUCCGGAUAGGAAAGUUUACAAUGCGGUCAUUCAUGCUCUUGCAAAGGGUAGGCUUGUGAAGGAAGCCGUGAAUCUCAUGAGAAUGAUGGAUGAUAAAGGUAUUGCACCCAAUGCUGUUACUUACAAUUCAUUGAUCAUGCCCCUUUGUAAGGCCCGGAAUGUCGAUGGAGCUAAAAAGGUCUUUGAUGAGAUGUUGCAGCAGCGGCUUCACCCUACCAUUCGAACUUAUAAUGCCUUUUUACGUAUUCUUAGGACAGGGGAAGAAGUUUUUGAACUCUUAACAAAAAUGAAGGAGAUGGGAUGCCAUCCAACUUAUGAUACGUACAUCAUGUUGAUCAGAAAGUUUUGUCGAUGGCGCCAACUUGAUAAUGUUUUUGAGCUGUGGAAUGCAAUGACUGAGAAUGGAUUGAGUCCUGAUCGCAGCUCUUAUAUUGUGUUGAUUCAUGGACUGUUUCUGAAUGGAAAGUUGGAGGAAGCAUACAGAUAUUAUUUGGAGAUGAAGAACAAGCUGUUUUUGCCCGAGCCUAAAAUUGAUGAGAUGCUUCAAGCAUGGGUAUCUGGGAAACAAGUAACAGCAAUUAGUACGGUGGAGAAUCAGCCACAUUUUAAUCAUUUGGAUCAAGCUUCCUCUGGAAAACUCAAUCGCGAAUCAGAUUUCCUUCGUCAACCUGAGUCGAGAACAGUUGUGAGAGAGCGGGGAUAUUCUUUUUGGGAGCACUAGGAUAGGGUAUAUUUGGUCACGCUGUCAAUGCAUCGUAUACAGACAUUCCUAAAGGUAUAGUGGAGAACCAGAACAAUUUCAAGAUCUAGAAGUGGGACCUGUUCUCGUGGUUUAUAAACUGCCCAUUGAUGAAAGGUGGUUGUUUGAGUUUGUUUUUCUUCUUGGCGCUUCUCUCCUCCUUUGAUUAUGCCUGGGAAAGCUGGACCACAGACGAAAAGAGGCGCUGGACCUUAUGCUCAGUCAUGGACAACAACAAUAAUAUAAUCAAACUUUGGAUAUCCAUCACGUGUUCUACUCUUGAAACCCAACCUCAACAAGCUACCUGGUGCAUGGGGAAAAGGAAGCGAGGUGGCGUGAACAACCCGUGGAAUAUCCGAGGAAAGAAAAAGAAGAAGAAGAAGAAGAAGAAGAAGAAGAAGCAAAAUAGAACCAGCCGAUCAAGAUAUAGAUUCGAGAGUUAAACUGGUUAAACUAUGGUUUCCAAUUUUUGGAACAGGAAACCGAACAGGUUCCCUUGUGAACUGGCCUUGAACUCAUUUUCCGGAUUGAACUAGCCCAGUCGCUCUUCCCUAAUAAAUAUUGAGUUUUUUGGGGUUUUCCCCUAUACUUUGUAGACUUUGAAUAGGGAUGAUAUUUCGUAUGGAGGGACUUUGUAUGUAGACUUUUCCAGGACUUUUAAACGUAAACUACGGAUAAAGCAGAGCGGACCUAACAUCACAAAGAUCAA